CAGGAAUCAUUCGCCGAUGUUCGAGACGGAACAAUCGGGGGUACGUCGAGCGAGAUUCGGUUCCGAAAACUUAUCCGGGUCCAAAAAAAGUACACGCCGGAAAAGCCCCAAAGCAAAAGGCACGAUGACCGGGGCGGCACGGUCAAUCGAAAAGUGGACGCUGGAGGAAGAGUGCUUAUUGGAGUCGGCUUGGGUUGACGUCUCCGAAGUUUACGAGGAAUGCGCCCGAUCUUGGAGGAACGGGACGAACGACGCCGAUAUUCUCUGGCUUGCCACGACCCGGUAUCAAGAUGACGGGCACCAAGGCAAGGUACCCAUCAAUCUUUGGAGGAUUUUGAGCUGUUCCCCGAAGUGGCAACAACUCAACAAUCCCGACGGCGGAUCAUCAAAGAAAAGAUCCUCCGUCGACGCCGAGAUUGAGGUCGACGACACUAUCGGUUCGUCCGAACAAAUGCCUCCCUUCAACGUUGCGGAUUCCGAUGACGAGGACCCUAUUCCACGGCCGAUCGGAAGAAAGAAGGCAAAAUCCAUUGCCUCGGGUUCGGGAGGGUCCGGCUCUGUUUCCGUUUCUUCUCGCGACGAAAUCGAUUGGACAAUGGUUGAACAAUUUCGGGUGUUCAAUCUUCAAGAAGAAGAGAGGGUGAAGCUAAAGGAGCAGGAGAUGAAGCGAAUGGAGCAGGAGGACGAGAUCAAAAUCAUGGAAACCGAGCUUUCUACGUUAUCGGGUUUCAAACGGAUGAUUUACGAGCAAAGAUAAAGAGAGAUCAAGACGAAAUAUAAUUUACCUUAGUUUUUUAUUAAUGUAUCUUUUUUAUUAUUGUCAUUUUUUUUAGUUUAAUGAAUGUAAUUUUUUAAAUUUUAAAUUAUUGUCGUUUCAAUUUCUUUAAAUUUAAUGAAUGUAUUUUCUUUAU